CACACGCUGCAGCACUUGGUCAGGUGAGAGGCAGAUCGUCUGGUCGACAGGGUAGUUGCAUCCGGAGUUACACAUAGAUAUCUCGGAAGCAGAUGUAGGAUGUGGCUAGCCGUGCUGCUCUUCGUCGUUAUCCUAGGGCUCUUCAUUUACCUUGACACCAGAAAGCCAAAGGACUUCCCCCCAGGUCCACCAUGGAUUCCAGUGUUGGGGAGUGCCCUCCACGUGCACAGGUUGCGCAAGCAAACGGGCUACCUCUACCGGGCGACAGCCGAGAUGGCAAAACGCUACGGCCCUGUCGUGGGGCUGAGGGUCGGCAAGGACCGCCAGGUUGUCUUGUGUGGGUAUGAAGCCAUCAAGGACAUGCUUUCUCGCGAGGAGUUCGAUGGCAGGCCUCAGGGACCAUUCUACGAGACCAGGACAUGGGGCAAACGAAGAGGCGUGCUGCUGACAGACGAAGACUUCUGGCAGGAACAGCGUCGCUUUGUGCUGCGCCACCUGAAGGAGUUUGGUUUCGGACGUCACACCAUGGCAGAGCUGGUGGAGGAGGAGGCUGGCCAACUUGUCCAAGCAUUCCAACAGAAACUGCAGGGCUCCCAGAACGCAGGUGUGGUGAUGCCAAUGCACAAUGCCUUUGGUGUCUACGUCCUCAACACAUUGUGGUCCAUGAUGGCUGGAAUCCGCUUCAGUCAUUCAGACCUAGAGCUGAAAAUGCUUCAGGGUUUGCUCACUGAGCUGUUUGCCAACAUUGACAUGGUGGGCUGCCUCUUCAGCCAGUUCCCGAUGCUGCGCUUCCUUGCACCCGAGCUCUCUGGCUACAACCGGUUCAUCAAUAUCCAUCAGAGAGUAUGGAAAUACCUUAAGGCAGAGCUGGACAAACACAAGGCCACUUUCCAGCCAGACACUUUGCGCGACUUCAUGGAUGCCUACUUGAAAACGCUUUCAUCUGGUCAGAAGAAGCCUAGUUUCUCAGAGUCUCAGUUGCUCGCUAUCUGCAUGGACAUGUUCAUGGCUGGAUCAGAGACCACCACAAAAUCCCUGGGGUUCUGUUUCCUGUACCUGUUACUCUACCCUGAGGUACAGCAGCGUGCCCAGGCCGAGAUUGACGCCGUAGUAGGGAGAGGCAGAUUGCCAACCCUCAAUGACAGACCCAAGAUGCCAUACAUGGAAGCCAUUGUGCUGGAGUCGGUGCGUAUGUUCAUGGGAAGAACAUUCAGUAUUCCCCACAGGGCCCUGAAAGACACUGAACUCCAGGGUUAUCACAUUCCAAAGGACACAAUGGUCAUCUGCAACUUCAAUGGUAGCCUCAUGGAUAAGGGUUUCUGGGGAGAUCCUGAUGUGUUCCGGCCUGAUCGUUUCAUUGAUUCACAGGGGAGCGUUAUCAUUCCUGACCAGUACACACCCUUCGGGUUUGGAAAGCACCGAUGCAUGGGAGAGACACUGGCCAAGUCAAACGUAUUUCUCUUCACAGCAUCGCUACUUCAGAACUUCAACUUUAGCAUCCCACCAGGUACAGUGCCCCCAUCUACAGACUGCAUUGAUGGUGUCACACCAGCUCCAAAACCCUUUCAGGCUCUCGUUACCGUCCGUGCAAUGGACUAAACAAUUAUCGUUUGCGAGGAAUGCUUCCCUUUACACUGGAAGAUCAGUUCUUCUAUUAUCACGGAGCCUGUGACUGAACAAACAGAAACUGAAUGAAAAUUCUCUGACAAUCAGUGCACAGGCUGAACAGUUCCACUGACACAGUGUUCUGAGGCAGAAGCAAGUGACUUUCAUCACAGUCCUAUACUUCUGUGAUGACUGAAUGUACAAUUUUGUUGCUUUGUGUGGAAAGCCAUGGGGCACUACAAAUGAUACUCUGGUAGAUUCAUUCAUCUGCAUUUUCCAGAACUGUUGUAACUCAAAGUGUAUAACCAGUACUGUUAAGGUGGAUGUUAUAUGACAUGUGACAAAUUUUCAACACCCUCUCCUGUUAUAUAAAGUGAAGCUUUUGCGGCGACUGAAGUUGAUGAAAGACUCUCGGGUUACAAGCCGCAUCAUGUGGCUCAAUGGUUUAUUCGCCAUUCACAAGAAUGUCAAACAUGAAAUACACUUUAACACCAUAUCACACACCAUACAGACCACUGCUCUGUGUACUUGGGAGCGGUACGUCUCAUUUUCACAGACAUGAAUCUGAAUGGCCUAACCAACCACCUUCAGUUCCACUGUUAUCACGUCUUUUGCCUCUGCACAUAUAUUGUGACACAAUUAGAAUAUGUUCACUUUCUUAUUAUGAAUAAAUGUUACAUAAAUAGUGACAA